AUGAUUUGGGAGGGCGAGACGUGGUGUUUCUUGAAACAAAAAGCAUACAGUCGCAACUCGAUAUGCCGGAACUCAAUACACCGGAUCCCUUGCUGUCCCUACGAAUAUUCUCUAUUGAUACCUGAUUCCAUGGCAGCACUAGGCUAUGUAUCUAUAUUUAAUGGGAGUAGCGCUGCCAUCCGGAUCACCCCGAGACACCGGAGCGCCGGGGAUUGGGUGCUUUUUCUCGUGAGGUUCCUGAGAAGCUCUAAGCGAUUACGCCCCCUGGCUAGAUCGCGGAUAUAUCGUGCCUCGCAAUCUCGUAAUCUAAUAUCAAUAGGAUCCUACGAGUUACCUGCGUUCAACAGAUCUUUUUGGGGCGGGGUACUCUCGGGUUGGAUCCUCCAGCGGGACGGUUGCGGUGGAAGGGCUUCAAAGAACAGAAAGAGUUUUGCCGCAAGCAUUCGGGGAAAAUAA